AAUCCAUCUCGCACAUAAACAUUUCUUCUUUUCUUCACUGUAUAAAAUAGUUCUUACGACCUGGCGUCGCUUGGUUUACAUUUAACUAUUAACUACUGUAUAUCCAAUUUACUCUAAUACCCUACCUCGUCAAAAUGGUUCACAUCAACAUUGCUGUACUCCUGACGCUCGCCGUUGCAGCUUUGGCCCAAGUUACGCCUAACAAUGCCGGCGCUAAAGAUGUAGGCCAGGGUAACGGACAACAGUUCAUCACCGGUGGCUGCACUUCCGACGCUGACUGCUCGUCUGCAUGCUGUGCCCAAGUUAAAACCACAGGCCUAGGUGUCUGCUCCGCAGAAGCUGCGUCGCUUCAAAACGGGAAGUUGGGCUGCGGUUUCGUCGACCCCAAUGCCGCCCAGACUAUCGCCAAUGCUCAGGCCCAGGUCAAAAAGCAGGGUUUCUAGGAUGGAAAUUUCUAGGAAAUUUUGUCGUUGAGCUAGGUAAAGGAUUUUGCUUAGGGCUACUACCUAUGUAUGGGAACUUAAGUCGAACAUGAGCUUUGAGAAGUAUAUAUCGCAUCAAUCAAUGCGCGUUAUACACUAUGAAU